UCUCUCUCUCUCUCUCUCUCUGUGCGUAAAGGUAAACCGGGAAGUAUUUCCUGUGAGUUAGACUACCUGAGUCAAUCAACCACAAACUUAUCAGUGUUUGGUUAUGUAUGUGAAGUUUAACUGCGGGUGUGUGGGGUAGAGACAUAGAAACAGUCACAGAGCAAACACGAGGAGCGGGACACACCUACCCACACUUGUUCAGAGAGUAAGUUAGAAAAUGAGUACCGGGACUUCGUUGCACAGUUCACCGAAGCAGUCGCGGAAAAGUAAGAAGAAACAGCUGCUGAAGCAGGAGACUCAAAGAUGGAUUCCUGUGCAGACCUGCAGCCAUCCAGUUACAAGCCAGUCAAGGACGGUCUGGAAAGUUCAACUGCCUUCAGCUUCCUCCGGUCAUGAAUAUUCCAGCAUCGGCACACACAGAUUUGCCAACAAGGUGGAGGAAACUGUGCAGAAUCACAUGGCUUACUCCAUCCAGGAGGAGGGUGGAGGUGCCAACUGGCAACUGGUAGCAGAAGAAGGGGCGAUGAAGGUAUACAGGAGGGAAGUGGAGGAGAACGGCAUCGUCCUGGAUCCCCUCAAAGCGACACAUGCUGUGAAGGGGGUAACUGGACAUGAGGUCUGCCACUACUUCUGGGACACUGCAGUCCGAUUGGACUGGGAGACCACCGUUGAAAAUUUCCACGUUGUGGAAAAGCUCUCUGAUAAUGCCGUCAUUGUCUACCAGACGCACAAGACAGUGUGGCCUGUCGCUCAGAGAGAUGUGCUCUUCCUGUCAGUCAUCAGGAUGAUUCCACCGAGAAAUGAAAGUGAACCCGACACAUGGAUCGUCUGCAACAUCUCUGUGGAGCAUGAUGAUGUACCUCUAACAAACCGGUGUGUUCGUGCCAAACUUAAUGUUGCAAUGAUCUGCCAAACGCUGGUUAGUCCACCAGAGGGCGACAAAGAGAUCAGCAGAGACAACAUCUCGUGCAGGGUCAGCUAUGUUGCCAAUGUGAACCCCGGAGGCUGGUUUCCAGCAUCAAUCCUCAGACCUGUGGCCAAGAGAGAGUAUCCCAAGUUCCUCAAACGCUUCAGCUCCUACGUCCAGGAGAAAACCACUGGGAAGCCCAUCCUUUUCUGAAUUCAACGAGGUAACCAGGACCCCAAGCACAACUUGACUGGCAGCUACAUCUUCUAUAAUUAUAAUUAAUUAUAUUUGUAUAUUUUUGUUUUAUUGGGUUAAUUUAAUUACCAUGCAUACCAUCUUUGACCUUUUAAGUUUAACUAAGUUCAUGAUUUUUUUUCUUUUUUUCGAUUGGAUUGAUUUUAUUGAAGUGAACGAGGUAAGAUCUACAGAAUCUGUAAUUAUUCAGAUGCCCCUCGAGCUUUAAAACAAAAGUAGUUGUUUAUGAUCUUAGCUAGAUCAUGCUGGUCAUGGGCGCUUUUGUAUGUAACCACAAGAAUUUCAUGAGGUGAUUUUUUUUUUUUUGUGUAAAUUAUUUCGUGCAUUUCUAUUGAUUAUCCAUUUCCUGACUUUUUUUGGGGGGGGUCUUGCUCUAAUUGGUAAUAUUACAGCUGCUUUUUUCUCCUUUUUUGGUACUGCUAAACUUCACUAAAGGUCAAUUAAACAAACAAAAAAACCUAAACUGAUAUUUACAGCAAAAGCACUGAUGAGGUGGGAACACUUUCACUUCUUCCCUCCCUCUCGUGACGACUCUUUGCAGUUUGAUGGCCUAAAGCUUUGAAAUCUUUAAUAUUGUUAUAAAGUAGCUUUCAGAGAGCACAGUGGACACGGUGUAUUGUACAGAGAAAACUCUAGAUGUCAAAUAAAUUAUCACUUGUGACUCUUAAACACUUGAAUUUAUUGACAGAAACAGUCAGAAGAAAUAUAGCUUGGGCGAUGAGGAGCAUUUAACUUUGGUUUGGUGCCUUUUUCAUAUGAGUGUUAAAAGGCUUAAACUAAAACCAUACCUCUGAAAAUGGUCGGGUACAAGGAAUGGACUGAAACUGUAUUUAAAAUAAAUUAAAAUUGUAUUUUUUUUAUUUUUUUUUUAUAAAAGCAGCCAAUGUCUAAAGAAAAUCUUUGGAAGAGCCCAGAGAGCCAUUUCUGAAAACCACUUUAAAAAAUUACAAGAAAAUCUGGAGGCAAAUGUCACGAAAUGAGGCGUGGCUGCAGACGUUUUGCACAGUGUUGUAGCUACAUGAGCAGAAUGCAUUUAGUGAUUUCAGUUUUGUCUGGAUUUUAAAUAGUUUGUAUAUUUUUAAACUGUAUAUGAGAAAUUUUAUUUGACAGUAAAUGUUUUGCAAUGUUCUGUAAAUUAAAGUUAAUAUACAGCAGAACCGAUCGUAUUCUU